AUGAAACAAGAUCCCUUGAAGCCUCCUUCCUCUGCUGCUCCCAACCGCCCUCCGUUGCCCCACACCACAGGCGGAGCGGCCAUUGCGGCGGCUGUACGAGCGACUGCAGCACGGGAGAGGCGUGGCCAAGUCGCUGCUGCACAUGCACGAGCCGGCUGUUGCGGACUUCGAGCAGGCCCUUUCAGCCUCUCUCUGCGCGCACCCUCCCUCACUCCCCCACAGGCAGUGACCGCCAACCCCAGCAACGCGCGGCUGUGGAUGGAGGCAGCGAGCGCCAAUCCCGACAGUGCAGAGCUGUGGAUGGAGGUGGGGGUGGAGCGUGAGGCGCUGGGACAGCACGAGAGGGCGCACGAGGCGUUCAGCUGUGCCCUGCUGCUGCAACCAGGGAAUGCGGAGGCGCUCAAACGGCGAGGGCUGAGCGCGUUCAACUUGUAUCGCUUCAAGGACUCUCUCAAAGACCUGCUGCCCGCGCUGCACAUGCUGCCGAACGACGCCGACCUCAACCAAGCCGUGGGAAUUGCAUUGGUGCGGUCGAACCAGUUCCGGGCGGCACAGCCGUACCUGGCUCGGGCGGUGGAGCUGCUCCCAUUGGAUGCGGACCUGCGCAAGGAGAAGGGGCGCCUGCACCGCCUGCUGGGGGAGACCGACCAUGCUGAGAGGGACCUCCUGCUCUCGCUCCAGCUCGGACAGUAUGAUACUAGAGCCGCAUCACAACCUGGUGCUGCAGAGGCGACUGCUGGGAGAUCACUGGUGAGCAUCCACCACCCACCAUCCACCACCCACCUUCCACCACCCACCACCCACCACCGACCGGCCACCCCUCCACCUCUCCACCCCUCCACCUCUCCACCCCUCCACCCCUCCACCUCUCCACCCCUCCACCCCUCCACCCCUCCACCUCUCCACCCCUUCACCCCUCCACUCCUCCACCCCUCCACCCCUCCACCUCUACACCUCUCCACCACUCCACCCCUCCACCCCUCCACCCCUCCGCCCCUCCACCCAAUCAUCUCAUCUCAAAUUCCACGCUCUGUAUGUUUUCCCUCCCUCUCCCUCGCCUCGCCCACGCCUUGUCUCGUCUCCUCUUCCCUGGCCCACCUAAGUGGUGUUAUGGGAGUCGUUCCCAUGGCAGACGCGGGGCUCAAGGCAUUCCCAGGCGACCUGGAGGUCAUGCACGCUAAGGCGUCCAGCCUGCACAUGCUGGGCGAGCAUGCUGCUGCUAUGCGGCUGUACGACGAGCUGCUCUCCUCACCCGUUCAACCGGGCGAGCAGACAUCAUACCGCGACAGGACCUUCUUUCAGCGCCACCUGCUGGCCUACACGGUGUCGCGCCUCGACCAGCCCUUCUCUGCCUUCCGCAUCGAUGACGACCUUGAUGAGGAGUGGCGGGUGGGAGUGGGGGGACCUUCUUUCAACGCCACCUGCUGGCUCGCCUACACUGUGUCGCGCCUCGCCCAGCCCUUCUCUGCCUUGCGCAUUGACGAUGACCUUGACGGGGAGUGGCGGGCGAGUGGGGCAGGGCGAGAGGGCGAGGGGGAAACGUGGGUGGGAGAAGGGGACUUGAAUAACGACCUUGACGAGGAGUGGCGGCUCAAUUCCCCUAAUUAUCCCCACUCUUCCCUGCUCUUCCCCUCCCCUCCCCACCUCUCCCCUUCCCCCUCUCCCCUCACCCCUCCCCUUGUGCACCUCCCUCUCACCCACCCCUUCUUCUCCCCCCAUGGGCGCCAGGACAAGUGGGCAACGGGGGGGCGGCCGGAGGAGCUGCCGGGCUUCGUCCCGCUGGCGAUCCCCGUGCACCAGUUGCAAGCUGCCACGUGGCAGCGACUGCCGCGCCUGUCAGGGGCGGCAGUGCAGCUGGUGGAAGCGGCGGACGUGAUUGGUGCUCGCACUCACUACGACACCGAUGGCAUGCUGCAUAACACCCAGCAGCUGCGCAUGGCAGGGCUGGCGGCCCUGGACGUGAUGCAGCAGGUGAGGCGCACGCUGCUGCUCAUUGCGGAUCAGAUGCGCAUCGCCCCUUUGCUCUUUGGGGCCGACGCGGGGGAUGGGGACGGUGGGGCAGGUGCGGCCGACGGGGCGAGUGGGGGGCGGGAGCUGUGGCGGGAGCAGCUGGAGGAGGCGCAGCAGCAGAGGCUGGGCGGGCAGCGCACUGGCCGCAGCCGUCAAAGCAGCAGCAGCGGCGGCGGUGGCAGCAGCGUGGCUGAAGGCACUGAGGAAAGCAGCACUGACAGCAGCAGCAGCGGUAGCAGCAGCAGCAGCAGCAGCCGUGGGGGUGGGCAGAGUCUGUUGGACCGAUCUGACCUCAUGACGAGCUGGCGCCACAUGUUCCGAGUGCUGGUGGCGUGGAGGCAGGUGUCAGACGCCACAGAGACCGUCGCAUGGAAGGCGUUCGCCCAGGGGCAGGCAUGGCCGGAGGACAUGCUGUAUUGCACCGGCACACCCAUCUUCACAUGGGUCAUGGGCACCGCUCGCUACCUCGCCGCCUAUCCCAACCCUCUUCCUUUCCUCCCAGACCUCUUCCUUUCCUCUCAGCCCUCUUUCUUUCCUCCCAGCCCUCUUCCUUUCCUCCCAGCCCUCUUCCUUUCCUCCCAGCCCUCUUCCUUUCCUCCCAGCCCUCUUCCUUUCCUCCCAGCCCUCUUCCUUUCCUCCCAGCCCUCUUCCUUUCCUCCCAGCCCUCUUCCUUUCCUCCCAGCCCUCUUCCUUUCCUCCCAGCCCUCUUCCUUUCCUCCCAGCCCUCUUCCUUUCCUCCCAGCCCUCUUCCUUUCCUCCCAGCCCUCUUCCUUUCCUCCCAGCCCUCUUCCUUUCCUCCCUGCCCUCUUCCUUUCCUCCCUGCCCUCUUCCUUUCCUCCCAGCCCUCUUCCUGUCCUCCCAGCCCUCUUCCUUUCCUCCCUGCCCUCUUCCUUUCCUCCCAGCCCUCUUCCUGUCCUCCCAGCCCUCUUCCUUUCCUCCCUGCCCUCUUCCUUUCCUCCCAGCCCUCUUCCUUUCCUCCCUGCCCUCUUCCUUUCCUCCAUGCCCUUCCUUCCUUGCCCUUCCUUCUCUCCCUCCAUCCCCAUCACAGGGCGGGCGGUGAACGUCACAAGGAGCGGCCUGCUGCAGGCAGAGAGGGCGUUUGAUGCCGACUCGCACCAGCCCUUGGACGUGCCUCGCUCCACCUUCGGCGCCCAGCUGCAUGCACCUGUUCUGUUCUGGCUCUUAAUCCUCAUUCAUGGCCCCUUCCCGCCCACCCUCCCGUGCAGGAAAGAUUUGGGCGGCACAGAGUUCAAAUUACAAAAACGCCCGUUGGCAAGGGACUCUGACAUGUUCACCACAGUAGACUCGGCGUGGUGGAAUGCAUUUGAUUCGGAGGUCACAGCGGCGUGGCAGGGCGUCAUGGAGGCCGCACUGGACCACGUCUUUCCCCUCUCUCUUCUCCCCAUUCCACCACACCCACCCCCCAUCAACACUCCCCCAUCCACCCAGCCCCCUGGCAGUGGACUUUGA